CACCAACACGCUUCCCUCAGUGUGCCCCCACCUCCCGCAGCCAGGCCGCCGGGAGCGCCCCCAUCCUCUCGGCUCCAAAUCAGGCCCACCCAGGUGGGUUGUGGCUGCGGGCGCUGAGCCUGAGGAUUGCGAGAGUUCGCAGUACACAGUCCACUGAGACUCCCGAAGCCUCACUCCACAUCGGGGUGUCCCACCCCGAAACGCCGGCUCCGCAUUCAGGCUCCUGGUCUCCAAAUACCUGGAUCCUUCGAGAUGCGCGGGCCUGUAUUCAGGUGAACGAAACGACGGGUUGGAGACUUGCUGGCCAGCUACAUCCCAGAGGAUGAGGCGCUGAUGCUGCGGGAUGGACGCUUUGCGUGUGCCAUCUGCCCCCAUCGCCCAGUACUGGAUACCCUGGCCAUGCUGACUGCCCACCGUGCAGGCAAGAAGCAUCUGUCCAGUCUGAAGCUCUUCUAUGGCAAAAAGCAGGCAGGCAAGGAAACAGAGCAAAAUCCAAGGCAGCAGAAAGACCUGAAGACAGAAACCAAAGCUGAGGCGCCUUUGCUAACCCAGACCCGAUUGAUCACGCAGAGUGCUCUGCACAGAGCUCCCCACUAUAACAGCUGCUGCCGGAGGAAACACAGACCGGAAGCCCCUGCUCCCUCUGUCUCCAGUUCUCCUUUGCCAGCCCCAGAGGUUGGACUCCAGAGUGCAAAGACCAAUAGGGAACCCGAACCUAAUGCAGGAUCGCAUGCCAAAGAGUCAUCUGCUCCCAUGAGCCCCACAAAACGACGAAUUCUGAACCAUUACCUUACCCUUCGAAGGUUAGUCCGCCAAUCACAUUCUUUGGGUUGCCUUCAAUUUUCCCUGACCCACCCUUUUCAAACCAAUCCAGCUGCUUUUUUUAAAAUCACCAGUAACUUUUUAUUUAAAUUACAUUUAUUUAUUUAUGUUGGGGUACACUUGUGUAAGUCAGAAGGCGACCUAUGGGGGUUGGGUCCUUUCUUUCUACCCUGUGGGUUCCAGGGUUGGGACUCAGCACCAUGAACCUUAUUCAUAAAAUUCUUCUCUGCUGGGCAGUGGUGACACACACCUUUAAUCCCAGCACUUGGGAGGCAGAGAAUGAUGUAGGAUUCUCCUCUGUAUGCUGUGAAUAUGUUUUAUUACCUAAGUGGUUAAUGAAUAAAGCUGUUUCCGUCAGUGGCUUAGCAGAGCAAAGCCAGGCUGGAAAUUCA